CACAUCCCUCUUUGCCCACGCGGCACCCGUAGCCAACCCCGUGGGGCCGAGUUGCCGAGGCGCAGCGCGGUUUUUCAUCAUCGACGCGGUUACUCUGCAUCAGCGCAAUGCCUCUCCCGCCCGCGUUACUGGCUCGCCUGGCCAAACGCGGCCUGCUCAAGAACGUGCUGUCAGAAGCAGAUGAAGAAAUUAUAGCAGAAGAUUACGAUGAAAAUGAAAUUGAUUAUGAAUCUACAAAGAAUGAAAACUUACCACUCAACUGGUACAAAGUAGUUGACCCAGACAGCCGCUUGCCGUACUACUGGAACGCGGAGACCGAUAUGGUGUCGUGGCUGGCCCCGGCAGACCCCCUGGCAGUUAUCACCAAGGCAGCCAAAAAGAUUCCAGCCACAGAGGAGAAGAAGGAGGAGGUGGUAGCGAUGACUGCUCUUGUGGAGGCACAAGAACGGUCGUCACUGCUCGACUUGGACAGCAGGGACGAGAUUCCGAGAGCUGCCAGAGAUCGACGACUCCAGCGGAGGGAGGAGGCCGCCCCCUACCAGAAAGGCAAACGUGGUCGGGAUAAAAAAGAAAAGGAAGAGCUGGAUCCAAUGGAUCCCAGUGCUUACUCGGACGCUCCACGCGGUAACUGGAGCGCUGGGCUCCAGAGGAAAGGGGACGCCAAGACAGGAGCAGACACCACCGCGUCGGGGCCACUCUUCCAGCAGCGGCCGUACCCCAGCCCGGGCGCCGUGCUGCGUGCCAACGCAGAGGCGGCAUCGCGGAACAAGGCCGCCUGAGCACACCCCCCCCCCUGUGCAGCGGGACGCUGUCACCCCGCCGCAGGUCCCCUCGCUCGCCUCUCGAGUUGUGCCGCGAAGCUUCCGGGCGUGGCAGCGUUCACGGGUUCGGGCUGCUGCGUGUCGAGCGUUUUGUUCGCUCGCGCUAUUUUUUUUUCCCACUCGUGCUGCUGCUGCUGCUGUUGCUGCUGCCGCCGCGAUCGCUGUCGCCGGAACCCCACCGCCGCCUCGUUACGCAGUGCUGGCGGAAAGCAGUCCGUAGCCAAAGGUCGAGAAGAAAGAAAUGCUCAAGACGCAGGCUGACCCGGACAGCAUCUGUGAAAAAGAGCUUCAUAGCUCAACGGAUUUCUCCAGGAUAAAUAAAGAUUCCGAUUCUGGCUGCGAAAACUCGCGCGUUACAUCGACAUUGACAAACCCGAGCGUCGUUGCCAUUAAACUCUUUGUGGUGGUCAAUCACUGCAUGGAGAAUUGGCUAGAGGAUUUUUUUAUCGGUUGGCUGUUUUUUUUCUUUGUAAAGUAUGAGUUUUUUCAUGAUAAAAAUUACAUUUGUGCAUAUAUUUUUUUAUCUUUAGAGUCGGGAGGUGGGGGAAAUUGAGUGAAUAUUUCAAAUCUAGUUUGGGAUUUCCUGUAACGUAUGUUGCACUGUGAAACUCCUGCAUGCAGCAGAUUUGUCAUACAUACAAGUAGAGAAAACUAAGUUUAACACAAUAUGAAGAAGUUCCAGCUCUAAACGUAUUUUAAACGUGCUAAACAAUAAAAACAGCAUCAAAUGUAUAUAUUAGGAACUGUUUUGGCAAUAAAAAAAAUCCUUCAUACAUUUGUUUUUUUGUGAAUGUGUUUUGUUAUGGAAUAGAUUUUGUUUUACCAAAGCAAGGAUAUGUUGCAAGGAUGAUAGGCUGGAGUUUGAACCAUGAUGCAGAUUGUAUCUUUACUCUAGUAGUCGUGUACUAGGACCACGACACCACCCAGCCAGAUCUGAUUUGUAUCAGUGCAUGAUAAUUAGAACUGGUUGGUGUGUGUGCUCAGAAUUUGAUUUGUUGUGUUAUGUACAAGGGCGGUACAAAAAGUUCUAGGCCUGAUCUAAAAGGAAGCGGCAGAGAGCAUUUGUUCUUGCAGCUGCUUAUUUUACAUGUUGAGUAUACUCAGGCCACCAGGGAAUGAUGUUAUGUAUAAGUUUGUUACUUAUUUGUGCAAUACUGCAAGUAGACCAUAACGGCUUCUGAAAAUCAGAAACUCAAGCAUCGUACUGUUUGAAUUUUGUAGCCAGGGAAAGUAAACCCAAAGAAAUGUUAAGAAUGCGCGGCUCUGGGUCAUCUUAUGUUGGCCUGAUUUUGUCGAAUAGGGUAACAAGAAAAGUGUAACAGGUGAUGUAAAAAAUGAAUGAUAAAAUAUAUUUGAAAGAAAGCACCACGCACAGCUCGCUCACACCCACCAUACAUACAUGAAAUAAAUACUGAGAGGUGAGGUAGACAGAGAGGCACAGAGAUGAAGUCAAGCAGAUAAAGACGCUGGGUUCACACUCAGGAGCGUCUGGACCAAGCUGGAUGUGCGCACACGAGGCCCACACCAACCACCGUACAAACGAGGCUGUUCCAUUCUGUUGAAACAAAUACGUAAAAAGUAGUACAGGAUUUGGCU